AUGCCCUCGGAGUUAAGGAAAAACAUUUUAAUUGAAGCACUUCCGGUGAACCGCUCUGUGCGUACUUCAGGCAGAGAUUGGAUGCUGAUGGGGGACGAAAAGGACUCCUGGAAAGUUAAAACCCUUGAUGAAAUUCUACAGGAGAAGAAACGCAGGAGAGAACUAGAACUGCGGUCCGACAACAAGCGCCAAAAAAAUUUCACAAAGGAACCUGUUGUACAGGCGGAUGAACGGGAAUGUAAACGAGACACUCCCGAAGAAGGAGAAUUACGUGAUCAAAAAAUGGAAAUAACAAUCCGCAAUUCCCCCUACUCUCGAGAAGACUCUACCGAAGACAGGGGAGAAGAAGAUGAAUCACUCGCCAUCAAGCCCCCUCAGCAGAUCGCACGAAAAGACAAAUCUCAUCACAGAAAAGAGGAAAAGAGAAAAGACAAGAGAAGACACCGCAGUCACUCAGCUGAAGAAGGAAAACAUGUGCGGCCAAAGGAGAAGGAGAAAGAUCGGGACAGUGACCGUCGUAAGCGUCUGUGGGAAGAAGACAAGGCGCGGCGGGACUGGGAGAGGCAGAAAAGGCGAGAACAGGCUCGAGCACACUCACGGAGGGAGCGUGACCGGCUGGAGCAGCUGGAGAGGCAGCGGGAAAGAGACCGGAAGCUCCGCGAGCAGCAGAAAGAACAACGCGAACUGAAGGAGCAGAGAGAGUUCAAAGAGCAGAGGGACUUCAAGGAUCGCGAGAGGAGAGUGGAGGACCGGCGCAAAGACAGAGGAGACUGGAGACAAGUUGUCCAGACACACCACCGACCUCCGGCAGAGGAAUACGAAGACAAAGUGAAGCCAAGACCCCGCAGCCGCAGUCCCACGUGGGCCCCCAGAGAGAGGGCCGAACUCAGCGAGCCUCGCAAAAACACAGAGCUAAAGGACGAUAAGCCGGAACUCAAAGACCUGUUGGCAGAUCUCCAGGACAUCAGCGACAACGAGCGAAAGUCCAGCUCUGCAGAAUCCUCUAUUGCUUCUGCGUCAGGCUCUGAAGAGGAGGGGGAAGAGGAAGAUGGGGAUUCCAGCAGCCAGAGUGAAGGAGAGGGUGAAGGGGAGGAGGAGUCUGCCUCUGGAUCCGCCCACUCUGACCAUAGUGCAGAAAAUGUGAGUGAAGAGGAACCGACUGAGGAUGAAUCUGAAGAGGAGAGGGAGAAUGGGAACCACAUCCCCCCAGUGCCAGAGUCCCGGUUUGACCACAACUCUGAGGAGAGUGGUGAGGACACGGAGGAGGAAGAGGAGGGGGAGGAGGAGGAAGAUGGGGUGGAGUGUGAUCCCACUCCUCAGUCUCAAACGCACUCUCGCUCUGCCACCCCUGAAGAGAAUUACAUCCCGGACUCUCCCGCCUUGUCCCCUGUUGAGCUGAAGAAGGAAUUACCAAAGUACCUACCGGCCCUCCAGGGCUGCCGCAGCGUGGAGGAGUUUCAGUGCUUGAACCGCAUUGAGGAGGGAACGUAUGGAGUCGUCUACAGAGCGAAAGACAAAAAGACUGGUAAGGAACUUGCGGGUGACGGGAGUGAGGAGGUUAGUGUUGGGGGUGAGGAGGUGAGUGUGGGUGAUGGGAGUGAGGAGGUGAGUGCGGGUGAUGGGAGUGAGGAGGUUAGUGCGGGUGACGGGAGUGAGGAGGUUAGUGUGGGUGAUGGGAGCGAGGAGGUGAGUGUUGGGGGUGAGGAGGUUAGUGCGGGUGACGGGAGUGAGGAGGUUAGUGCGGGUGACGGGAGUGAGGAGGUGAGUGUUGGGGGUGAGGAGGUGAGUGCGGGUGAUGGGAGUGAGGAGGUUAGUGUUGGGGGUGAGGAGGUUAGUGUUGGGGGUGAGGAGGUUAGUGUUGGGGGUGAGUGUUGGGAGUGA